CCCCAAAUCCCAGACAGCCCGUCAAAUAAUUAACCUUCUGUAACCGUCAUUUUAUAUAACUUGUCCUUUUUUUUCUUAUUAAUCUAAUUUAUUGAUUUUGAUUGUUUUCUUGUAUCCCCCGUCACAGCGGACGAAAAACAUUUGGCAUAUCACAAGACAAGACUUGCAACUGUUUCCAAAAGGGAGUCACUGUUUGGUGAGGUCUGAAACUGAGAUUUAAUUAACGAUGGCUUCUCGAGGGAAAUCAGAAACGAGCAAACUUAGACAAAAUAUGGAGGAACAACUGGACAGACUGAUGCAACAGCUUCAGGACCUGGAGGAAUGCAGAGAAGACAUGGAAGAGGAAGAGUAUGAGGAGACAAAAAAGGAAACCUUGGAGCAGCUGACAGAAUUCAAUGACUCACUGAAGAAGAUCAUGACAGGAGACAUGACGCUGGUGGAUGAACUCAGUGGGAUGCAGCUGGCAAUCCAGGCUGCCAUCAGUCAAGCAUUUAAAACCCCUGAGGUCAUCCGACUUUUUGCCAAGAAGCAGCCUGGACAGUUGAGAACCAGGCUAGCAGAGAUGGACAGAGACGUGAUGGUGGGGAAACUGUCGCGAGACCUGCACACGCAGCAGAAAAUGGAAAUCCUCACAGCACUGAGGAAACUGGGAGAGAAGCUCACUCAGGAGGAUGAGACUUUUCUCGCUGAAAAUGCCACAGCUACUCUGAGCCAGUUUGAAAAAGUGACUGCAAACCUAGGGUCUGAAGACAAAAUUAUGGCUUUAGCAAGCUCUGGUGUGAAAACCAAGGUAUAGCAAGUCUACAAAGUGUUACAUUUAAUUUCUCAUCUUUGCAUUUAUGAAAAAAAAAAAAGUGUGCUGAUUGAUUUUGUAAAAAUUAGUAAAUUUUUAGGUGCUCAUUUCAGUGCUAACACUUUUUAACAGUGUUGUUUUAUACCUUGUCAACUUUUUUUUGUAAAUCUCUUAUUUGUUAAGAUAAGUGUGGAGUCGGUACGAGCAUGUGAGCUGAUGUGAAUGUGUGCACAUGAAUGUAGAGCCCGGUGCGGCUAGAUCGAGAAGGAUGAAUAUUGUGGUGUGAUCUGUUGCUUUGUUUGUCUUAAAAUCUGAAAUUUAAGUCAGAGUUCAUGGUUUAAUUUUAAAACUAAGCUGUGCUACCUGUGUAGGGGGUUUUGACGCAAGAUGUAUGAAAGGAAAAAAAAAAUCAAAACAAAACGCAUGAAACAGGAUUUUACACAAUGUACUGGAAGUCCAUGUAGUAUCAGAUGAGAUUGCAAUAUGUCCAUCUUUUGACAAGGAUAGUAAUCACAACUAUGGGCUCUUCCUCAGAGUUUCUGAUUUUAACAAAACUGGGAUUUUAUCAAUUGAAUCCAUGUCGUACCAGCGGUGGAAAGUGAAUUUCUUCAUUUAAACACCUGCAUACAAUUUUCAUGUGCUGGACACUUUUUAAAAUCUACUUUACCUUCAUUUUGGAGAGAAAUAUUUAAUUUCUAAUCCACUACACGUACCUGACAUGUCCAAGGUUUUAUCACUGUGGAUGAUUUAUUAAACAUUUACAAAACACCACAUUGUUGAAGAUUUGGCCCGUAGUUUCCAGUCAUCUUUGAUUUUUUGUUGAGAGCACUUUGUUUAGUUUCAGAUGUUAAUGAGUUGCUAAGUUCUCCACAUAGUUGUGUUUCCCUCUUCGGUAUAAGGACAGAGGAUUUCAUGUCUUACCCGAAACCCCAAGGUUAUUGUGAAAAUUCAAAAGCUGAAAAGGUUCUUGAUGGCUCGUGGGAGUGGCUUCACUUCCAUCUGUGACAACAGGAAUACUGACAUGAAUAAAAAAAACAACUCUAACUUGUAAUUUUGCUGUAAUAUUUGCUGGUAUUGUUUUCAUGCAGGAGAUUUAUUGGUGAUGUUUUUCAAGCUUGUCUGUGGGCUUUUCUAAAUCUGUCAGUAAAUCAUCAAGCAGUUUGUCCUAAAUGUGAUCAGAAAUCUACCGGUUUGAUCCGUAACUACCUGUUAAAACACUGUGGAAGGUCUGAAGCAGCACUUUUUUUUUUUUUUUUUUGUUAUUUUUUAAAAUGUAUUUAUUCUCUUUGGACUUUUAACUGCCAAGAAAAAUAAGAUUAGUCUUCAGUGGGCUGCAUGGUGUACUGUCAAGCGAUAGGACUAAUUUCUCCAAAGAUAACAGGACAAACUAAAAAGUCCUUCCACCAUCUGUGAAAAUCCAGAUCCAACUGUCAUUGAGCUGUUUUAAGUUGAAUAUGUACGUGAUGGAUGUUUGACUCAUGUUAAAUUAAAAGAAAAAACUUGAUUGAAA